AUGGAUGACUUCCAAAUCUUUAGCAAAUCUGAAAAGAGGAUUGACAACCUCAUUGCUGGCCUGAAGAAGAAGUACUCCAUCAAGACUGUGGACACCAACCUCUUCCUUGGCAUGUAUCUGAAGCUGAACAAGAAGGGAGACCUUCUCAUCUCCCAGAAGCAUUAUGCUUUGGAGAAGCUCCAGAAGCAUGGCCUUGACCAAGCCAAAAGUGUCAAGUAUCCCCUUGACCGCCUGUAUAAGAAGCAUACCUCAUAA